UCACAGACCAUCGAUAAGCAGAAUUUACACGUAAGCCAAGAUGUUUAAAAACCUGAAAAAGAAGAUUGCAGAUGAUGUGGCGAAGUCCCCACUGAAGCCAAAUCAACCUAAUAAAGAUGUAGAUCAGGGAAAGACAUCCAAACAGAGCGGCACGGCAGUAUCUACCCCACCAAGAGACUCACUCAACUCCAGAAGACCUCAGGUUCAUGUGGCAGAACCCCCAGCAGAACCCCGGCCACAAGAUGCAACGGACGGUGGUUCGCAGGCUGAGAAUGGUAACGGUGGGGGAGGCUCAGCGUCUCCCCAGGACAGCCCCAGUGUGUCCAUGUCAUCAGCGCCAGAGGCUGAGCAAGCUGCUGCCAUGCAGAGUCAGGCUGAAGGAGCGGAAAUAACAAAGGAGAAUGCCUUACCUCUACUGACCACGCCCAACAAGACCCCACCUCAGUCCACCAAGCACCAAGCCACGCCCGUACCAGAGAGCCCUCUCUUCCCUCAGUACCAGACCCCAGUUAAGAGCUUCCAGGCCCCAUCGGACACCGAGAGCGAGAUGGACGAGCCCGUCGUCAGUAUGGACACCUUCAGUAAAGACGAACUCUUCCAGAAGUUUCGGAAGAUGGAGCGUAGCUUGGCCAAAUAUAAGGGGAAAUUCUCUGAGCUGGUCAGAGGUUACAAGGAUUUACAGAAAGAUAACGACAAAAUAAAGGGCAUCAUGGCCCAGAGCCAAGACAAAGCACUGCGGAGAAUCUCAGAACUUAAGGAGGCGGCCGAUCUUGACCGUCAAGCCAAAGCCCACCUUGAAGAAGCCUUCCGGAUGCAGCUGGAUGAAAAAGAUGAAAUCAUUGGCGUCCUUCAGACUCAGGUCGGUCUCCUCAAGAAGGGAAUUGUACCGAAUGAGUUGAAAGCCAAAGAUGAGAGCACAGAGGAGACUGGGAGCUCUGCGUCAGUGGAGUCAAGCAACACACUCAAGGAGAAGGUUAAGAGACUGGAGGGACUUCUAAGCAAGUGCAAAGACACGAUCCGUAACAACAAGGAGAAAUCUAGCAAUCUUGCAGCAGAGAAAGAUGCUCUCAAGAAACAACUGGAGGAACUCAAGGAACAGCACUUGACAGAGCAGAAGAAGUUCUCGGAGCAGCUGAGCCAAGCCAAGAAGCUCCUGGACCAAGCCGGUGAAGAGAAAGCCAUCUCCAUCGCAGAGACCAAACAACAGAUGCACUCUGAGCUGCUCAAGAGCCAAGAUGAAGGGGCGCAGCUUAGAGAGAGAGCAAAGGAGGCGGGACAGGAGAGAGAUGACUUGAAGCAGAGACUAGAAGAUGCAGAGAAAACAGGCGUGCCUGCCUCUCCCAGCCCCUCCCCUUCCCCGAUCGGGCGAGGUUCCUUCUUCCCCUCCGAUACUACCCAGUCUUCAGAUUCACACAAAGCCAGGCGCCUGCAACAAAUCAGAGAGGCAAGGAAGACAGUUCUGGAGUUACGUCGGCAGCUCGAGUCGACAGAGAAUCGUGGGGAGGAGGAGAGAACAAAUCUUGCCCAGGAGCUGUCCAGAGGAAAGCAGGCUGUCAUCUCUCUCAUGCAGGAAGAGAAGGAGUCAAUGAGGAGAGAGCUAGAGAAGGACAAAACUGACGUUGAGUCCGAGAGGAAUUCUUACUGGGAGGGAAUCCUCAAACAGAAACAGCAGGAAAGUGAAGAACUCUUAUCAAACAAGGAGAAGGAGUUCCAGUUGAUGAUGCAGCGUAGGGAGGAAGAGCAGAAGAGGUUCCUGAAGGAGAAGGAAUCUGAGAUGAUGAUGGCCAUCGAGGAGAGAGAAUUACAGAAGAUGGCAGCUGUUAGCGCUCAAGACAGUCAGAAGGAUGAACUUCAACGUGUCAUUGAUGCUAUGACAACGGAGAAGCUUGAAAUGGAUGGAAGUUUCCAGCAGUUGAAGGAUAAAUCGGAGGCAGACAAAAAAGAAGCCCGCAAUAAGAUUGAAGAAAUCGUCAAACGAAGCCGUACGGCCAUCGCCAACAGUAAGGAGAAACACGAGAAGGCUCUGGGAGAGUUGAAGGCAGCCCAUCAAGAGGAGACUAACGCCAAGCUGGAAGAGAUGAAACAGCAACAGCGGACCUACGUCGAUGAGAUGCGAAGACGUCACGAGGAGAAAGUUGAGAAAGCAGCCAGAGAUGCGGACGCUAUCUAUGAGACGAAGGUAGAUGAGCUGAAUCAGAAUCAUCAGAAAAUUAUCCAGGAGAAGAUCGACCAGCUGCAGAAGCUGGCAGCCAAGGCUUCUGAGAUGAAACAGCUGAUCCAGGACCUGAAAGGAGAGGUCCAAGAAAAGAAUGAGAGGAUCGGAUCUCUGGAGGAACAUUCCCGAAUGGCAGAAGUAGCAAGGUCGGGGGAGGUCGGUGAACAAUCAAAACUUCUUGAGGAAAGAGAUGUGGAAAUUGCCAACUUCAAGCAAAUGCAUGCUGAGCUUCAGAGCAACUUUGAGGGUAAGGUACAAGAAGCUGAAGCUAGAGUUGCAGAUUUAGAGAUGCAGUUGAAGGCAACAACAGCACUCCAUCUGGAGGAGAUUAAAGAUAAAAACAAUGAACUUCAAAAGCUAGUUUUAGAAGCAGAAGAGUCCAAAAAGCGCUCUGAGGCAUUUAACAGGGGUAUGGAGGAAAAAAUAAAAGAGUAUGACAACAGGGUUGUUGAGUUUCAGCAUAAGCUUCAUUUUCAGCAGGAGAAUUACGAGAGAGAGACGGCAUGGCGCUUGGAAGCUCUGGAACUCCAACAACAGAGUUCAGCUGAUGAGGUAUCCAGCCAGCUUACUGCCAAACUCUCCGAGGCAAACGAUUUGAUUGGCGCCCAAGAAAAAACAAUCCAAAGUUUCCAACUAAGAGAGGAAGAUCUUCAGAACUCUCUGGAAGCCCUUCAGGUCAAACUUGAUGGUGAUCUGGAAGCAGCUAAUGAGAAUCUACAACUAGAAAGGCAGAAACACGCGGAACAAUUGAGCAUAAUCAAUACAGCCUUGCAAGAAGUGAAUACUCACAAUGAGAGGUAUUCUGAAGAAGUCAAGGCUCUUAGAAAAGCCUUAGAAGACACAUCAGUGCUUUCAAGCAAUCUUAAAGAUCAAAUCGCCAGUUUGCAAGAGGACAAAGAAAAACUGGAAAUUGUACAAGCUGAAAGCACGAGCAUUCUUGAGGUUGAACUCGCAUCAAAGCAAACUAAGGUUUCAGACCUUGAAACUGAACUUUCAAAGGUUCAAGAACUCUUAGAAACAAAGGAACGUGAACAAGGAGAGACUCUUGCAAAGUUGGAUGCAGAGAUCAAAACUAAAGAGGAAGAGUUGGAAAGUCUGUCGAAGAAGUUGGAGGAAUUACAGAAAUCCAAUGAAGAAGCUGUUUCAAAUUUUGAAAGAAUCUGCAAAGAGAAAGAUUCUCUCAGCGCAUCUCUUGAAGACAAGUGUAAAAAUCUGGAGGAGCAACUCGUCGAUAAUGAAAACAAUCAUAAGGAAUCAGUCGCCCAGCUUGAAUCAAGCUUUGAAUCAAGACUACAAGAAGAGAGGAGAAACCACGAGAAGGAUUUGGAGAGGCGGUUAGAAUCAAUCGAAGUUCAGAAGCAGAGUUCUGUCGAGGAAGUGUCUGGGAAACUCGGACAGCAGCUCUCUGAAGCCUUCGAUGAGAUAAGCCAGAAGGAGAAGGACAUACAGGAUCUGAAGUCAAGUACCAGUUUACUCCAGCAAGCGUUUGACGAUCUACAAAACAACAAUGAAACAAGUAAAGCUAGGUUACAGGCGUCAGAAGAUGAAAUUGAGAAGCUCAAACUAGAGAUUAAAACUCUGUCGUCUGAGUUUCAGGAUAAAGAAACUGAAAUGUCUAGCUCCCUUGAAGCGGUUAAGAGAGAAUUAAGUCAACAGGAUGACCACUCGCAAAAGACAAUCGCAGAUUUGCAAGCACAACUUCAAAAUAGUAAAGAUGCUCAUAGUAAUGAGAUAGCUGAGAUGGAAGGCAGGUGUACUGCGGAAUUGGCUGCCCAGUUUAAAAGCAGAGAGACGGAGCUUUCGCAGAAGAUUGAGCAACUGGAAGAAGGCUUAGCAACUGAGAGUGAGAAACUUCAGGAGGCACAGAAUGCAUACAGAGAUCUGCAAGAAGAGGAAGGGAGGUUGAAGGAGCAAGUGGGGAGUAUGGCCAAGCUUGAAGUCGAGUUCCAACAGAAGUCUGGACAGUCGGAGGCCCUGGGUAGCAGGUUAGAGGAGCAGGAAAAACAGCUUGAGCAACUUCGGCAAAACCUUGAAGAAAAAUCUGCGCAGUUGUCGUCGAUGGACAAUAUUGUGAAAGAGCUGAGGGCGUUAGAGUCAACCUUAUCCGCAAAGGUUGACGAACUUCAGGAAGAGCUUUCUCAUGUCAAAUCUGAAGCUGUGGAGAAAGCAGAAUUGAAUUCUCAACAAGUUGAUAGAUUGAGAGAGCUCCAGGAGACGGAAGCAACACUUAAAGCCGAGAUUGAGAUAAGAGGAAAGGCAGAGGAAGUUCUCACUCUUGAACUUCAAAAUAAAAACGCAGAGCUGCAGGCGCUUAAAGAGGAGCAUGUUGCAAAGUCUGAGAAGUUGACAGAAACUCACAAGGCACAGCUACAUGAGCUGAAGAAUCAAGCAAAGUCCAAAAUAACAACGGUAAAGAAAACUUACGAAGAGCUUCAAGAGAAAAACAAAGACAGGCUGGAAGAGUAUAAAGCAUCUCAUGAAGAGAAGAUAAGGCAGCUGCAAGAUGAGUUUGAAGAAAGUCGGAAGGCUCUCAAGGAGAAGGCAGAUGCAGACCGGGUUGAGGUUAGCAACCAGCACGCUGAGAAAGUUGCUCUUCUAGAAUCAAAAGUGUUGUCUUUGCAGGAGUCUGUUCAAGGACUCCAAGAGGAAAGUGAUCAAAAGCUGUCUGCCCUCCAGAAAUCCCACCAAGAGGAACUAGAGGAAAGAACUAAGGAAUUGGACGCCAAGUUGAGCCAACGUGAAUCAGACUUCCAGAAGCAGUUGUCGGAUAUUCUCAGAGAAAAGGAAACAGGAGCUGAUGAUCUGACGUCUCAGCUUCAGACAACGCAUCAGGAAAACAUUGAGCGUCUUAACCAAGAGCACAAAGAAGCCCUGCAAAGAGCACAAGAAACUCACAAGAAGCAGAUGGUUGAUUUCCGCGACCAGGCAAAGGGAAAGAUUGCAACUCUCAAAUCUCAGAUAGUACAACUCAAAAGCGAGAAAGAGGGAACUAAACAGGAACUAGAAAAACAACUGGCAGAUGGUCUUGAAAGAGCACGGAGUGACCAUGAAGAUGAGAUACAGAACUUAAAGAAAAUCCACUCGGAGGAGAUUGAGAAUAGUACAACAAUACACGGUGAAAAGUACAGGGAGUUGGAAGAAGAAUCUAAGAGAACCGUCCAGGAAUGUAAAAAAGAGAUUGAUGAGACUGCUUUGAGACUAGAGCAGGAGAAAGCUUCCGAAGUUGCCAGCUUGACGGAGAAGAUUUCUCAGCUACAGAAGGAGCACGAAGACUCUCUUGCUUUGGAGGAAAGCAAGACAACAGAACUCAUCGAGAAACUUGAAAAAUGUCACUCCGAAGAGCUUGAGAAAACACAGAAAGAACACAAAGCAAACAUGGAGCUGAUAGAGCAGCAACAUUUUGAGAUGGUAGAGGUGAUGCAGAAGCAGUUCGAGGGGUCGACAAAACAGGAGAGUUCUAACCUGACAAAGAAGAUGCAGCAGAUGGAGAUAGAACACCAGCAGAAGAUUGACGAGUUGAUUGAUAAUGACCUUGAGAUGCAAGUCAAGGUGAAGGCAGCAGAAGAACAGAUUGCCUUGAUGGAGAAGCAAUGCCAAGAUCUCCAGAUACUCCACAAGGAAAACACGUCGACGUUUGAAAAUGAGAUCACCUCCAUGAAUGCUAACUUUGAAUCAGAAAAGCAGAAGCUCUCUGCUGAUCUACAAGAUGCAACAGCAAAAUUAAAGGAGCUACAGGAGACGGCGACAUCAGAGAGCCAAAUGAGAGCUCUGGCCACAGAGAGACUUGCCGAACUAGAAGAGCUUCGUAAAGAAAAAGAUUCAAAGAUCAUGGGGGCAGAAGAGCUGAGGCAGAGCAUGGAGAAAUCUAGAGAAGAAGUUCAAGAAAGUUUGGCAUCGGCGAUUAGUGCAAAAGACCAGGCUAUUGAAAGAAUAGCUACGCUGGAACAACUUUGUGCCGAUAAAGAUAACCAACUUUCAGAAAUCAAUGAGAAAUUACGACAGGAAGCCGACAAGUUAAAGGAAACACAGGAAACUCAACAGUCCUCAGAAGACGAAUCGAAGAGAAGAGACGCACAGAGGAUAGAAGAACUGGAAGCAAUCUGCAGCUCUAAAGAUAGCAGAAAUGCAGAGAUUGAGGAGUCGUCGAAAGUGGAAGUUGAGAAGGCACGUGAGGAAGCCAAGCAGAAAGUCGCUGAUUUGAAGAAGAAGGCUGAGGGAAGACUUGGACAGAUUAAGCAACAAUACCGUGAUGACUUGGAUUCAAGAAAGCAACAGUUCGACGUCAUUGAAGAGCGGUGCCGUAUCCUGACUGAGGAGCUUGAGGCGAUGAAAUCCUCCCACCUUGAAGAGAUCGCUUCCUUGAAGGAGGCCAUGGAGACUUUGAAGUCAGGUCACGAACUAGAGGUCUUGACGCUGCAGCAAGAGCUUACAGAGGAGAGAGAGAAGGUCCAAGUUGCCGAGAUGCAACCUGUCGAGGAGAUGAUAUCAGUGACGAGGGAAGGAAUGCUUGGAGCAGCUCCUCCUGGAGGAAGUGGGGAUGCGGGAGACGAGGAGCCGAAGAUGAGAGAGAAGGAACUUGAGGAGCAGCUUAAGAGAACCAAGGACAGACUGAUGCAUGAGAUUGAUUUAUUGAGGCAAGAGCACAAGAUUGAACUGGACAAUGUGAACAAGGACAACGACAAUAGAGUUGCCUCCCUCCAGAGGGCCAAUGCGAAGAAGCUGGAAGAGCUAGAUGGGGAGCAUAACUCCAAGAUUAAACAGCUGGUUAGGGAGCUGAAUGCCAAGAUGGCAUCUAAGGAAAACGAGACCGAACAGGCACUGCACGAGGCAAUAUAUAAAGGUCAGAAUGUCGAGCAGCGCAUAGAGAAGGAGCAUCGGACCAUCAUGAAAGAAAUGGAACGAGAAAUCAACGUCCAAGGCCAGGAACUUGAGAACAUCAACGAUAGGCACAAAGAAGAAAUCGCUGAGUACCGGGAGGAGAUGAAGCAGUUGAAGCAGUCGUACGAGUCCCGCAUCGCCCAGCUUAACUUAGACCACAAGGCCCAGCUGAAUGAGAUUGAGUUCAGGAUGGAACAUCAGGAAUCCUCCCACCAGAACGAGCUGUCUGACCUGGAGGCCAGACUGCGCAAAGACUUUGCUAUGUACCAGCAGAGCAAAGGUGCAUCCCAACAGGGCCUUGACUCGAUUGAGUCGUUAGAUCCGCUGUUAGUUAAAGCUGAAAAUCUGAGCCUUGAGGAGCUGAGUCAAAAUAAUAUUAUGCUAAAGGCUGAAGUUCAACAACAGAGGGCGCUGCUUGCUGAGAUGAAUUUACGAGACCGAGAUCUGGUGGAUGAAAACAGUAGCUUCAGUUCAGUUCCAGGCUCGCCCAUGGGUUCUGCUAACAGUACUCCUGGCAAGCUCCCAGGUAUCUCGUUAUCAGAGCCUACACAGAUUGAGUAUCUGAAGAAUGUGUUGUAUCAAUACAUGAUGGGCAGGGAAACAAAGACAAUGGCUAAAGUAAUAGCUGCAGUGGUGAAAUUUUCCAAGGAGCAAACGAAUGAGAUUUUAGUUCGUGAAGAUCAGAAGCAGACAAACUUGCAACUUAGUAGUUCUGUAGUUGGCGAACGUCUUUGUCAUUAUGACAUGCCCGCCUCAUGUCCCCCUGAGUUUGAGGACGCAUCAGAAGUAGAGACAAACGUCACCCAUUUCUUCCAUGGAACCCAGCAAUGCAAUAUAUUUCAACUCUCAGAAUGCAGCAGCGUGUCUGUGCAGAAGAUUAUGGAGGACUUUCCAGGGAUACACCGGGACUCCCGGCGGGAUCCUCAUCGGGAUCUACGGCAGGAUCCUCCGGGAUCCCAACUGCUGACCCCUCUGCGACCCAACUCUCUCCCGGAAUGCAACUCGUUACCGGAGUACCCGGAAUCUUCAUCAGUCCCCGAGCAGACCGAGACGAGCUCCUUGAACGACUACCAGGACGUGGACUCUCUCCAUGACUACAUGGGGAUCGGAUCCUCAGGGCCUUGCUCCGAGGACGAUACGGGUGCAUCGUCGACCGAGAAGCCUGUCCCAAAUGCCAAGAGGGUUGAGGUCUCAUCUCAACUCACAACCUAUCUUUUUGGAAAGUACUGCGGAGAGGAAUUGGGUAAAGAAACAAGUGUCUAGUCUCUUCCAGGGAGAGACAAGACAGGUGCCUCGUCGACCGAGAAGCCUGUCCCAAAUGCCAAGAGGGUUAAGGUCUCGUCUCGACUCACAUCCUAUCUUUUUGGAAAGUACUGCGGAGAGGAAUUAGGUAAAGAAACAGAAACAAGUGUUUCAGUCGCUCACUUCCAGGUAUGAGAAAUUUCAGCUGAAAUCAGACUCUUAAAGUCUGCCUGGUGGUAAUUUACUCCAGAUAAAGAUGCCUCCUGCUCGUUGAUCUACUUCACUAGUGCUAAGGAUGCUUUUCCAAGAAGCUCUUUUGAGUCUACAACUCCAGGGAUGAUCAAGCGGUUGAAAUGUCAUAAUUUCAUACCUCCUAAGGUCUGGAUCCUUCCUGCUUGUUAUUAAUGGUUCCUAUAUCACGCUCAUGUCUAGCACGCACUGACGCUCGUGGCGCUCCAACAUUACUACCCCUGGUCACUGGGCCUUAAAUCAUUCCUUAAACCGUCUCAGCUCCCUGAGGAGU